AUUUGUCACUCUACUCUAAAACAUAAUUUAUUAUAAAUUAUUUUAUUCUCUCGGCCAUUGAUUAUAAAAUAUUAAAAAAUAUUUUGACAUGAUGUUUACUUUUGUGGUAAAUCAUGAAACCGACAAGAAACGAAACGCAAUUUCAGUCUUUGACAUUGACAUUUAGAUAUUUGACGUACAAACGCAAAUGCACAACAAUUUGUAUUAACCGGCCUAUUUCAGAAGGUUCCUGAAAUAGAUAUCCUUGAUGCAUUUCAGUAUCUGAUCUAAAGAUAUCGCGUAAAUUUAGGGAAACGAAAAAAUUUAAAAAAUCAUCAGAUCAAUCCCCUUGUAAAUUGUACAUUUUAUCAAUGAAAAUGAGCUCGUUUUAUGCUAAAAUCUCAGCAACAUGCAAGUACAUAAGAACUUUGAGAAAUUAAAAGACGUUCUAAAUUAGGCAAAUAACAGAUGACGUGAUGUGGUUAAUAUUGAAAGGGCUCGACAAAGACAAAGUUCAGUAGUGGCUGUAAUAAUGUCGGAAGAAAGCACUGCCCAGAUUAUCAAUUUAGAACAUUGGAUGGGAAAUUUACCAGAUCAACUAAAGGACAUUCCAUUUAUAUAUUUAGCCAUUCCUGGAAGUCAUGAUUCCAUGACGUUUGGCAUUAAUGCAUCAAGUGGGCUGGCACCCGAUGCAGAGCCAAUAUUACACAGACUGUAUCCUCUGUUCCGAGGUACGAUCAUACGUUGGACUGUAACCCAAGCCCUAGAUACUAUGCAGCAACUCCUAAUAGGCAUUAGAUAUCUAGACCUGCGUCUGGCAACUAAACCAGGUUCAAGUAAUUUCUUUUUUACCCAUGGUUUAUAUGCUGAUGAAAUUACAGAAUCUCUGAAUCAAGUCAAACAAUUUGUUGAUUCUCAUCCAGGAGAGGUUGUGAUAUUGGACUUCCAACAUUUUUAUGGGUUCACCCCAGACGAUCACCAGAGGUUGAUGGGAUUUUUGCUCAAUAUGUUUCGACAACGAAUUGUACCUAGACAAAUAGAUCUCAGAGCCAUUACUCUAAAUACACUUAGCAGAUUAAGACAACAGAUCGUGGUGGUGUACCGUAAUCAAGCGGUGUACGCGACGGGCGAGUUUUGGCAGCCACAGAUGUUGCCGUCACCCUGGCCUCAAACGGCUAAAACAACCACCUUAAUAUCAUACUUGGAGCACCUGAAACGACAUCCGGGCAUGGGUUUCGUUCACCAGGCAGUGCUCACUCCCACGCCCUCGUUCAUCGUCUUCAGGUCAGUCAGCGGCCAUAGGCGAUAUGGCAUCAUUAAGCGCAUUCUACCGACUAUACCACGGCGAGUGUUCUGAGGAGUUAUUGAUGUGUAACAUCUUUCCUCUCGCUUUGCUGCAAUUUGUGGGAGUGAUUUCGUGAAAUAGAACGGAAGUGUGUAACAGGAAGUCGCGAAAGCGCUCGCUAUUUGAUUUAAUUUUAGAACAUAAUGUUCAAAU